AGCCACCGCCGCAGCCUGGCACAAGUAGAAUGCCGCAAACAAUUCGGGGAAUGUUCCCUGAGGGUUCUCAUGGACUUUUACGAGGUUUCUUAAAUCAAGGCAGUCAGGCUACAGCCGACCCGAAGUCGUUCCUGCAGGAACAAUCACCAGUGCCCCGUCGAGAUCAAGAGCAAGUCAGGCGGGCUGCUGUGGCAACACACCCUUUGACACAGCAAGAGAUAGGUCAACCUGCAGAUCAACCUGCAGAUACAAUGAGAUUGUUACAAGAGUUCCAGGGGAGGAAAGGACCAGGCUAUGACGUUUUUGGAUCAACGAAUCCAUUUACGGAUCAAGGUUUACCUCAAUUUCUAGCAACAUCCACUGGGGGUCCUCGCUCAAAAGAAAAUAUUAGUGAAAUUAGUGAGGACAAAGCACAGGAUGCUAUAAAAGGACAGGUCAAGCCUGAAAUUCACGAAGAACAACGGCUAUUUGAGGACAAGCGGAUGAAGUUCAAAAUAGAUGCAUUUGAGGUUGAAAAUAGGAGACUGAAGGGUGAAAUUGAAAUUGAAGAGCAGGAACAGCAAAUGACGUUCAUUGGAGACCUGGACGCAGUUGCCAGUUGGGGCUCAAAAUCGGAGAUUAAAGCAUGAACUUGAAGAAAAUGAACAGCUAAUAAAGUUCAAUAUGGAUG